AUGGAUAUGAGUCAUUCAAACCCCUCUAAUGAACCUCAUGCAGAUCCUGUUACCCAAGAUACAAGAGACAAAGAAAUCAAGGUGAAUGACGUGGAAUCAAGGCAGGUAGCCAAUUCUGAUGAAAUAGCAGAUGAACACAAGGGAGAUACUCAGCAAGAACAAGAGAGCGAUAGCGAUGAUUUUGGUAGUUUUUCAGAUGCAUCUAUUGAACAAGAAGAGGAACAUAUAGCGGAAGAAGUGUCACAAGAACUCGAUGACGACUCAAAUAAUGUGGAGAAAUAUCUCGAUCAAAUACUACCACUCGAUGACAGUAUACCGAAAGAACCACUACCCAAUGUUGAAUUGGAUACAUUGAUACAAGAUGAAAGACCAAGGAUCAUUUACGAACAGCUAGUACUGCUACGAACGGUUUUAAGACCCUUCAUUUGGGAUAAAUCACAUAUCAAAUCUAACCUUUGGCACAUUUUAAGAAUACCUGAAAGAACAAUACCAAAUAAACAGGAACUUGGACGCGAGCCGUUGAAUGAUAGUCUUUUCAUUGCGUUGCUUAAUAUGCUUGAUGACAAUAAAAGUCGUUCGCAGACAGCACUAAGAGAUCAAUUAGGAAUCAAUUAUUCACCACCAUUAGCACCGAUUUUCUUGCAAGAGGAAGUUGAAAAGCAAGAGGAAAAAGAGAUUCCUGGACUUUUAGCCAUAUCGCCGGAUGAAGUAGAAAAUUUACAGGGGUAUCACGAUAAAUUAUGCCAAUCAAUUGAUCUCUUAUUGAUCAAAUUACAAGAGUCACGAGCUGAACAAAUCGAUUUGGUUAAGGAUAAGACGACUUUUGAAAAUGUGGUUACGAAUCUAACUGGCCAUACGCAAAGACUUUAUAGAGAUGAAGUGGCAUUUUACAAUAAACAUAAAAAUAAAAAUAAGAGAAAAAAUAGAUUCAGUUGGGUUGGACACUAA